CUUCCUUCCUUCCUCACGUCCUUUCUUUCCUGUAACCCAACAACACAACACCACACAGCCACAAUGCUCGUCACCAAGGCCCUCAUCGCUCUCCUCCUCCCCAUCGCCCUCGCCCAGUCGUCGGCCGACGCGUCGGGCGGCGCUGCCGACCCCACGGGCGUCGAUGCCUCUGGCGCUGACGCCGGCGCCGAGCCCACCGCUGCCCCCAGCGGCGGCGCUGACGGCCUCCCCGGCAGCGACGGCGAGGACGGCACCGGCCCCUCGGGCGGCGCUGGCGGUGCCGGCGGUGCUGGUGGCUCGGGUGGCGUCGUCGCGACCACCACCAGCCCUGCUGCUGGCGGCGCUGCUGGUGCCGCUUCGGCCGUCUCGUCUGGCGGUGCUGCUGCCGCCUCCGGUGCCGCCUCUGGCGCCGCCGCCGGCGCCUCGCACGUUUCGUCGGCUGGCGCUGCGGGCGCCUCGGCCGUCUCGUCGGUCUCCGCGCACGCCGCUGGCUCGGGCUCCGCCUCCGGCUCGGCCUCGACCUCGCACGCGAGCGCCUCCGCCUCGGCCUCCGGCAAGCCCUCGUCUGGCGAGGCCAUCGCUGGCUCGGUCUCGCUCGUGAUCGCCGGUGUUGCCGCUGCGCUCGCUCUCUAAGCCACUCCAGCCCCCUGAAACUGUCGUCCAGCGUUCCAGGGAAGACAAGUUACAAAGUUAGCCACCUAUGCGGCCAACGCAAGCCAACAAUAAGCAUCCCAAUGCCAGCCCCUCACCGCCUCACACACCACCUUUCACCACCCUCCCUUGUAGCCGCAUGGCAGCACGGAUUCUAGACGGCCACGACACCCACACCCUCACGAGAAAUGAAACUGUUCAUGUCUA